CACCUCGCAUCGAACACUCAUCGGAUCAAGAAAUCGUGUGUAACCACUAGUUCGUCAUACACAACAGUGAGUAACUUUUGGGAACUAACACAGAACGAACAAUAGCAGCUCGGCAGACGGCAUAAUGCCAUAAAUAUGUCAGAAAGAAGCAGAUGGGAAGAAAUGGAUCGGCUAGGAAGCAGCAGAAGUUUUGGCGUGUUCCGAGACGUGCCCAAACCGCGCAUGAAACCAGCAUCUAAAGUCCUGCUUGUGAUCGCCUGCUUGUCUGCUACUGUUUUAUUUAUUUGCUUUACUACUCUAAGCAUCACUCAAAGUAGAUCGAACAACAAAAUAGAAGCUUUGAGAAAAAAAGCAUGGGAACGAUCAAAUGAGUCAAAUAUUCUUUCUCAAACUACAAAAACUACGAUGAUUGAUCGGAAAAUCGACGAAAGCACACUAGAGCAGAGAGAGCAUGUAAAAGCUUUUAAGUUUCCCGAAGAGCGAAACAACAAGAUCAAGUUCCCAGAAGGGGAAGAGGAAGAAACUGACUUAUACGGCGACAUCGUUGUUUCUAGACGAGGCAAAACCAUGGAAGUCCAGAAACGGCAAAAAGGGAAACAACAUUUUUUUACCCCACACCACUAUUCCGAUCUAUAUCCUCAAUUGGAGAACUACAAGAACACACACGAUUUCAAGAGGGUUCAGGACGUUAUCGGCUACGUACACAAGACGCCUCACCUGAUCAUCGGUCCCGACGGACGGCCGGCGGUCAAAUUCACAGGGGUGUACUUAAAAACGCCAGAUGACGACUAUGAGGAAUUAAAUUUCAACCAAAACCCGCAAAAUCCGUCGUUGAACGGGCAACCGUAUGCUUCAGACCCACUCAAACAUUAUAAACCGUCGCAUCCCUCAGAGAUAAACAACCUCGCCUCUUUUUCAUCAGAUUUCGACACUGGACCUAGAUUUUCCAACAAAAUCGUCCGGCCAACGACAAUUCCAAAGGAUUCCGCCACAAUACCGUCCCAGACGCAGAUCACCCAGGCUAUUUUUCAUCCUUUCGAAACACUAUCAACUUCGAGACCAGAUAAAAGACAAAAGCCUCUUAAAAUCUUGCUAGAUAUUUACCCGGUGACACGAGAAGUAGAGCAUGGCCAGGUUUAUCCGCAUGGAAGGAAGACUCGCUAUAAACAGCCAUCAUACCAUACAACCACCGUACAGCCUAACAGCAACAGGAUGAUAGUUCAUUUGAAUCUGUAUCCAAAAAAAUCAAAGCAAAAGAGAACGCAAUAUUUGACGUCUCUGGUUCCUGGUGGAGGCGAUUUAGAAGAACGCAUGUUUGACGGUUCAGGGGAAAUCGACGAUGAGUACAGGACGGUUCGAUUCCAAGGGGAAGCUUCCAGGAUUGAUAUGGGUGAUGUUGGGUACCCCACCGAAGAAAUGGACGAACCUUCUUUUCAAGAGGAAUUGACCACAGAAUCAGUUUUGAAUAAACAGGAAGAAAAAGCGACUGAAGUUUAUGAGGUUCGAAACGAAAAAGAUCCUGAAAUAAUGGGCGAUUACGUUUUCGAGCAAGAGGACAUGGAAAACCAUGAAGAGCAAGAAAGGCUAUUGGGAAUGGAACUUGAAAAAAUGAAAGUGACGAAUAGUACAUAUCGAUUCUCGAUCAAACUAAGUACAAGAAAUUGUGUUCUCAUUGAUCUGAGGAAAAUGAUGUACAAUCAAAUGUGUUUAAGAACUUCCGUGGAUCUUAAAUUUGCUCGAUUACUCGACGCGUCCCAAGUUAAUGAUGCCCUUCAGUGGAUCCAUAUAUUGAGCGAGUAG